CCUCGGAUUUUCGGUUUCGCAGAGAAGAAGAAGGGCCGGGGACGGGCGGGCGCUCGAAAUCGUAAAAGCCGCAAGAGCAGAGCAGCUGACGGCGUGUGGUCAGUGCGAGUCUGGAAAUGGCAGCGUCGUGCUGCAAAAACAAUGUCGAGUGACGGGCGCCCUGGCCAGUCCGUGAAGGCUGCUCGGCACUAGCGGUCACCGGAGGUGAAGUUCGAGGACAAUGAUGGACGUGAGUGAGUGCUGCCCCCACCUGGACUGCAUAGGCGAGGUCACCAAGGAGGACCUGCUGCAGAAGUCCAAGGGCACCUGCCAGUCAUGUGGAGCCGGGGGACCCAAUCUGUGGGCCUGCCUGCAGAGCAGCUGUCCCUACGUGGGCUGCGGAGAGUCCUACGCCGACCACAGCACCCUUCACGCUCAGGCCAAGAAGCACAACCUGACAGUGAACCUGACCACGUUCCGCGUGUGGUGUUACGUCUGUGAGCGGGAGGUGUUUCUGGAGAAGAGGGCGCCCACACCGACUUCGGGGGCACACCAGUGCAAGGCCUCGGAGCAGGAGAAUUCGCCACCUGCCCUUAAUCACCCGUUAAGGGCUGUGCCUAUUGCUGUGGCCGAUGACGGCGAGUCCGAGUCUGAGGAGGAUCACCUGAAGCCCAGAGGCCUCACCGGAAUGAAGAACAUCGGGAACUCGUGCUACAUGAACGCCGCCCUGCAGGCCUUGUCAAACUGCCCCCCGCUGACCCAGUUCUUCUUGGAAUGUGGGGGUCUCGUCCGCACGGAUAAGAAGCCAGCGUUGUGCAAGAUUUACCAGAAGCUGAUCUCUGAGCUCUGGCACAAGAAACGUCCCAGUUACAUUGUACCUACCAGUCUGUCACAUGGCAUCAAGCUGGUGAAUCCCAUGUUCCGAGGUUAUGCCCAGCAGGACACCCAGGAGUUCCUGCGCUGCCUGAUGGACCAGCUGCACGAGGAGCUCAAGGAGCCGCUGGCCGAGUGCGAGGUGGACGAGCGCUGUGACGGGGACCGCAGCCCCUCCGAAGACGAGUUCCUCUCCUGUGACUCGGGGUCGAGCAGCGAUCGCGGAGAGGGGUGCGACGCGCGGGGUCCGGGAGAGGCGGAGCUGCUCAUUCAGGAUGAGUGCGGAGGAAGCUGGGCGGGCAUCUCGGAGAAGGAGCGUCUGAAGGAAAGACGAUUUUCAGGCUCGCCGCGACACGCCGGCUCUCGGGAGAUGGAUGAGGACGCGGACGUGGAUACCACCGUCGAGGAGAGAGGAAGCCCCCAGAAGCAGGAUGGGGAUGACGGCCCGUCGCUCAACAGGACCAGCAGCCGAAACUGUGGCACAGAACCCGACAACGAGGCCUCGAUGAAUUGUUCCUCUCAUCCUUGCAGCCCGACUCCGGCUCAGCAGGACUCCCACCCAAAGGUGUCCAGCAGCCCACCUCGCUCCAGCCCGCUUCGUGCGCCAGGCACGCUGAGCACCACGUACUCCCUCAAGAAAGCUCAGCUCUUCUUGGGGAGCAGAAAGAAAAAGCAGGCGCGGUUCCGCAGCGUCAUCUCGGACAUCUUUGACGGCUCCAUCCUCAGUCUGGUCCAGUGCCUGACGUGUGACCGGGUUUCGAGCACCGUGGAGAUGUUCCAGGACUUGUCUCUGCCAAUCCCCGGGAAGGAGGACCUCGCCAAGCUUCACUCGUCGAUUCAUCAGAAUGCCCCCAUGAAGACGGGCACCUGCAGUGACGCCUAUGCCUCCCAGGGCUGGAUCUCCUACAUCAUGGAGUACAUCCGCCGGUUUGUCGUGUCCUGCAUCCCCAGCUGGUUUUGGGGUCCGGUGGUCACACUUGAAGAUUGCCUGGCUGCAUUUUUUGCAGCCGAUGAACUGAAAGGAGACAACAUGUACAGCUGUGAAAGAUGUAAGAAGUUGAGAAAUGGAGUGAAGUACUGCAAAGUCCUGCGGCUGCCUGAGAUCCUGUGCAUUCACCUCAAGCGCUUCCGCCAUGAAGUCAUGUACUCGUUCAAGAUCAACAGCCACGUCUCGUUCCCCGUGGAGGGACUUGACCUUCGACCCUUCCUGGCCAAAGAGAGCUCCUCCCAGAUUACCACCUAUGACCUGCUGUCUGUCAUCUGCCACCAUGGGACCGCGGGCAGUGGGCACUACAUCGCCUACUGCCAGAAUGUGAUCAACGGCCAGUGGUACGAGUUUGAUGACCAGUAUGUCACGGAGGUCCACGAGACGGUGGUGCAGAACGCCGAGGCCUACGUCCUCUUCUACAGGAAGAGCAGCGAGGAGUCACUGCGGGAGCGGCAGAAGGUGGUGGCCUUGGCCAACAUGAAGGAGCCCAGCCUGCUGCAGUUCUACAUCUCCAGGGAGUGGCUCAACAAGUUCAACACGUUCACCGAGCCAGGGCCCAUCAGCAACCACACCUUCCUGUGCCCGCACGGCGGAAUCCCACCCAAUAAGUACCACUACAUUGAUGACCUGGUGGUGAUUCUCCCCCAGAAUGUCUGGGACUAUCUCUAUAACCGGUUUGCCGGGGGUCCUGCUGUCAACCACUUGUAUGUGUGCCACGUGUGCCAGGUGGAGAUCGAGGCCUUGGCCAAGCGGAGGAAGAUUGAAAUCGACACGUUCAUCAAGCUGAACAAAGCCUUCCAGGCUGAAGAGUCGCCCGGCGUCAUCUUCUGUAUCAGCAUGCAGUGGUUCAGAGAGUGGGAGAGCUUCGUCAAGGGCAAGGACAACGAGCCGCCAGGCCCAAUCGACAACAGCAGAAUCGGGGUGAUGAAGAGCGGCCACGUGCAGCUCAAGCAAGGAGCGGAUUACGGCCAGAUAUCCGAGGAGACCUGGACGUACCUGUUCACCAUCUACGGCGGUGGCCCCGAGAUCGCCGUGCGCCAGAGCGUCGCCCAGCCCGACACCGAGAGCCUCCAUAACGAGAGCAAGAUCGAGGCGGAGACGAGGGCUGUUUGAGGAGUCGCCUCGGUUUUGUCCCAGCAGAAGUAGCGACGCCGACUGCGCACCUUUGCAAACUUGUGAGCACUUUGUGACGUACGAUUGUGUCCUCCUGUGAUGUGUCAUUAAAAAGCGAAUGUGUUACAUGCCGCUAGAGCCGCCGUCCACCGACUGACGAGCCCGCCUGGCACUGUGUGCCCGCUUACUCCGCGCCUGGGAGCCCCUCGCACUGGAAAACCCGAUGGACAGACUGCAGUCACCGAGUGGACCUCGGAGUUCGUGUGCGACUUCUUACCUUAGUGCUUGUCUUAUCGGUGGCCUUAAUAAAACAUUGCAGGUCACACUGUCACCUCAGAA